AAAUAAAAAUAUCAGCGCUGACAGUUCAUCGGAAGCAAUGCUAAAAGCUUGAUUGUUUCAUAAUAUCUCGUAUUUUUUCAAUAAAAUGAGUCAACUCGUUAACAAAUCUCGUAUUUUUCUUAACAACAGGGUUUUGUUACACCAGCUUGUUGCUAGAUAUUCAGUUGACACUGGCAGCCAUGAGUAUAUUUCAGGAUUGGUCAAGGAUAAAAAAGUUGUUGUUUUCAUGAAGGGCACAGCUGAGCAACCUAGAUGUGGUUUCAGUAACGCUGUUAUGCAGAUUCUAAAUUUCCAUGGUGUUAAAAACUUUGGUCAUCACAAUGUGCUGGAUGAUGAAAAGUUGCGCCAAGGAAUCAAAGACUACACAAGUUGGCCGACUAUUCCUCAAGUGUUUAUUGGAGGUGAAUUUGUUGGUGGAUGUGAUGUCAUGCUUGAAAUGCACAAGAAUGGAGACUUGAUAGAGGAACUCAAGAAAGUUGGAAUCAGGUCUGCACUUCUUGAUAAAGUGGAAGGUAGCAGUAAAAAGGACUGAUCAUAUGUCAAGAUCUGCAAGACUUCUGACUUCAAAGUGUUGAUCUAGACAAGAGAAUCAUGUUUAUAUGAGGGUAUGAUGUGACACCUCUCAAGGACCUUGCCUUCUUACCAGUUACUGGAUGAAGUGUCAAAGUCUUUUAAAGAACUAAGUGUUGCAAUUACUGUAAUGCACUUUCCUUCAUUUUGCCUAUUUUUAUAGCUUUUUUUUAAACAUGAUACAAUUAUAUUAUAAUCAACUUUAUCUAGUUCAAGGUUAUUAUGAAUUAUUUUGUCUCAAUGGGGAGUAGCAGCUAAUUCCAACUUCUAUUUUAUUUACAUUUAUUGCUGUAUGCAGUUAUUAAGUUAUGAUGAGUUAUAUUUGGUAUGAUUUUAAAUAUAUCAUUCCAUUUAUAACCACUUUUGCAUGGGCAUUAUUCCAAGACAAACACUCAAAUUUAAUUCUAAGGUAUCGAUGGUAGUUCUCAUAUCAUUCACAAACUGUAUGUCAUGAUCAGAAGUGUUAGAGGGACAUGCAUACCCAGUCUGAAUGUGAUGCAUCAAUAUGGACUAUCUUAUGAAAUUUAACAUGCUGCUGAAAACAGUUGGUAAUAAAAUGUAUGAAUACUG